AUGGCGCAACAGGAUGGGCCUAUCACCUCCAUCGCGGAGCCAGGUGUCAAGGCUCACGGCCAGCUUUUGCACGAGAUGCGAAGGGAGGUCGCAACCCUUCUCGGUAGAUCGCAUACGGGGUUUCCUGGCGCUCAGCCCGUGAGCUUCGCCCGGCAGCAUCUUGACGAGCUCGCGCAGCACGACUACUAUGUCGUCGAGAAGUCAGACGGUAUCAGAUACCUUCUUUAUUCAACAACCGACGAGACCAACAACGAGGCGCACUACCUAAUCGAUCGCAAGAACGACUUUUGGUUCAUCACAAACAGGAGCCUUCACUUUCCCCUCGAGACGUCCCCGGAAGCCUUCCACACAAACACGCUUAUUGAUGGCGAACUGGUUUGGGACACCGGCUCGGACGGGAAGCGCGUCCCCAUGUUCCUUGUCUUCGACUGCCUGGUGCUGGACGGUGCAUUGCUUAUGGAGCGAACACUCGACAAGCGCCUCGCAUACUUCGACCAGCGAUUCUACCGCCCUUAUAAGAAGCUGUACCAGGAGUACCCGCAGGAACUGGAAUUUCAGCCCUUUUACGUCGAAAUGAAGAAGCCCCAGUUCGCCUACGCCAUCGACAUGAUGUUCAGAGAUAUUCUACCCAAGCUGAAACACGGCAACGACGGACUUAUUUUCACCUGUCGCACCACGCCCUACAAACACGGCACCGACACUCACAUCUUGAAGUGGAAGCCCCCGGAGGAGAACACCAUUGACUGCCGUCUACGUUUGACCUUCCAGCAGGUUGACCCUACAGAGUCGGACCGUCGAGAGGGCAUCACGGAGCCAUUCAUCGACUAUGACAGUAUCCCAAAAGCCGAACUGUACGUGUACAGAGGGGACAGCGGUCCCGAUAAAUAUGAGUUCUUCAAUGAUGUACAUAUCAAUGAGGAGGAGUGGGAGACCCUCAAAUCUCUCAACGACCCAUUAGACUGGCGCAUCGUCGAAUGUAAUAUCGACGAACAGGGAAGAUGGCGUAUUGUUCGUUUCCGUGACGACAAGAACGAGGCAAACCAUACCACCACCACCAAAAGUGUGCUUCAGAGUAUUGAGGACCGAGUCUCGGAGAAGGACCUAUAUAGAGCAGCUGGUGAUAUCAAGAACGCGUGGAAGGCUCGGGCCAGCAGGGGCUCCAAGUAG